CCAAAGCCAAGUGACAGAUGCCUCCGUCUGGACUUAGUCUUGGCCGGAAGACUUGAUCUCAUCCACUUCAUCGCCUACCAGCCUGUCUACCUAUGUAUAGACUAAUCAUAAAUUCACCAUCCACACCAGGUUGGUCGCAUUACUAUAAAUUGUCAAAAUUGUUUCAAUUUGCCUGUCUGAUCUCCACUAGCUCCCCCGGAUUACCAUCGCUCAAAAUCAACCAUGACUCCUGAAAAAGGCAAAGGAAAGGCCACCAUUCCCUCCAGUAAUGACGGAAACGAAAACCCUCAACAAAAUGAAGGUUAUGGGACACAGGAAAAGAGCAGUUUCACAAACCGAUUAGGCAGCUCAGCCGCGCAACUGUCACGUUCCCUCUUUGCGGGCGGACCAGAAGCCACGGACAUUAGUCGACUGGCAUCGUCCACAAGCAGCAAGGGCGGCGCCUCGGCGGCCACAGCUCCUCCAGUUUCGGGCGAAAGCUCGUUUACUGCCCCAGGCCUUCAUCUGACUGCUAUCAACAACAAUCAACCAGUUUUUCGGUCACGGAAAUUUGAUGAAGUCGAUGAGCAUGCUGCCCGUGCCGAAGCUGAUUUUUCUACAUUCUUGGACGGGACAAGUGUGUCUGUACCAUCUGAACCGCCAAAUCCAGAGAGUUCAUGGUUUUCGAUCAUACCUUCCGAGCCCAUAGACAGUCGCAAUGCAAACUCCAGAUUGCCCAUGUACGGCCUAUCAAUCGCUGAGCAAGAGGCCCGUGAUGGAGCGCAAGUGGUAGAUCUGCUUGCUCAACAUGGAGUAGAUGAGAUGGACGCCGACUUUGAAUCACAAGCGUCUACAGAAGACAUGGCUAAGCUACGGCGGGCACUUUUUGGGGACGACUUCUCUGGCAAUGAGACGUUGCCGCAGGCGUGGGAUAACAUUCUCAACUUCAUACCUGAUUUCGUCCGGCCCGAUCCAGGUGCGGUGCCUGGUGCCAUGAAUGAUUUCAAAUCGACAGAGUCACAAGCUGUGCUUGGAGUAACACAUGGUCCCGAAGCAGAGAGCUUAUGGGUGGAACUGUGGAUGGACGUCCUCACAAGGUAUAACGACGAAGUCUGGGGUGACCUGGGCAGCCUUGUCGAGCAAGCCAAAAAGGAGCUAAAGCAGCUUGACGAGGCAAACACCGAGGAUAGAAACCCUGAGCCCAAAGCUAUCCGGAGGCUACAGCAGAUAUUGGGUCACGUACGUACGGCCAAGCUCUAGAUCUAGAAGCAAGGGAUGAGAUGGAGCAAAAAGAGCAACAACAGAUAAAGCAAAAACAUUUGGCAAAACAUACAACACCGAGGAUUCCCCAGUGGUCACCCACCUGAGUACUAAUUCGGCCCUCACUGGUUUGACUAGGGGAGAGCGGACGGGAUCCCGUAUAUUCCAGUGGGUAUGGUCGUAUGCGAUGGUUCCUGGGUUGCAUUCCAUUCAUGUUGAGAAG